AAGGUUGACAGCGCCAGGACCUCUCCCAUUGGAAACAUCUGGCUCAAGACUCGAGUUCAAAUAUUUGCGGUUAUCAACGACAAGGGAACUGCAAACUCCCGGCGGGGCAUCUCCGUUUCCUCUGCAGUUUGUAUGCAGACAUUUGUGGGAUAGACUGGGAGACAUUUUUCUUGUAAUAAUGUUGGUAAAAUUCUGUGUCGUCUGCUGCGUCCUUUACUUGGUAGAGAGUCGUAAUAUUCCGGACAAGGUAAAGGAUGGCCAGGACGUUAGCCUCGGUCCGCAGCGCCGCAGUGUGAGGAGUACGGACCGCAGGUGCCCCAGUAUCCGGGCACGCCUCGUGGCCUAUGACCGCGUCACACGGAACCUGCGUGCCGAGGCUAAAGCCGAGAAGGAGUAUCUCCAGAUCCUGGAGAAGGAGAGGGGCAUCCUCAACAAGCAGUUCAAGGACUGUGCCAGAUAUUUUGAGUACAUCGUUCCAGACUACAGCUGCGGCUCCCUGCGCCAGUUGAUCCUGAAGUACGACACGAGGAUAGGUUUCUCUGAGCGGCGCCUGUUCCAGCACCACCAGGACCUGGGCUGGCUGGACGUGCAGAGGGACAUGACCAGGGAGCAGUAUGAGGCCUGCACGUACCGCAGGUGGGCCGACUCACGUGCACGUAGAGGUUGACAGCCUCCACAACACAACAUACGGGACUCUGCACUGUAGGUGUAAACCCCCGCAGCGGUGUCCUCACUUCCUCUCAACAUUAUAGUUGGAUGUGAAAGAAAAGCCCGAGAUCGUUCUAUUUAAUAGAAAAUAGAUGGCGUUGUUCGUCACACUGUCGUUGUUCGUCGAAUUGUCGUGAUCACUACAACAUAUGUUUGAUUGAAAGUGGCCAGAAAGUGUAUACAACGGUCAGGACUCUAAAAAUGUUGACGGGUUCGUGAAUAUGACAAUACAUAACUGCAUAUGUUGCAUUGGUGAUAAUUUAGCGGUACAGUUGUCAACACACACAUGUACAGUUUAUGAAACGUCAGAUUUAUUUUGAAAUUUAAGACAUGCAAAUACAAUGUUUGUACAGGACAGGUAAAUAGAUGAGACACAAAUAGCAUCCUACCAUGUGAGAAAGCGGGUUAAUAACAAUACAAAAUAACACUAGCUUGA